AUGUUCCUGAGUGAAUGUGUUUCUCAAAUUUUGUUCUAAUAAGUUCAAAAAAUAAGCAUCUGUUAUGGGAAAAAAAGUGAAAACAGGAAAAUCCAGGAAGGACAAAUAUUACCAACUGGCUAAAGAAACUGGUUACAGAGCUAGAUCAGCCUUCAAACUCCUUCAGCUGAACCGCAAGUAUGGUUUCCUCGAAAGCUCGCGGGUGUUGGUUGACUUGUGUGCUGCCCCGGGCGGUUGGCUUCAGGUUGCUAGCCAACACAUGCCAGUCUCUAGUCACAUCAUCGGCAUUGAUCUCGUGCCGAUCAAACCCAUCAGAAGCGUGAUCACUCUAACAGAAGAUAUCACCACUGAGAAGUGUAGACAGGCUUUGAAGAAAGAGAUCCAGACUUGGAAAGUAGAUGUCUUCCUCAAUGACGGCGCUCCAAAUGUGGGAAAGAACUGGCUCCAUGAUGCUUUCUCUCAAGCCACACUCACUCUGCAAGCGCUGAAGCUCGCCAUAGAAUUCCUUCGUAAAGGAGGCUGGUUUGUCACAAAGGUGUUUCGAUCCAAGGAUUACCAAGCUCUCAUCUGGGUUUUCAAGCAGCUCUUCAGAAAGGUGUUUGCCACCAAACCUCAGGCAUCGAGGAACGAAUCUGCUGAGAUCUUUGUUGUGUGCCAGGGAUUCCUUGCUCCUGACAAAGUUGACCCGAAGUUUACAGAUCCAAAAUAUGUAUUCAAAGACGUGAAAGAUGACCCUAAGAUGGAGUUGAAUUUGAUUCAUCCUGAGAAAGUCAAAAAGAGAACAGAAGGUUAUGUUGAAGGUGAUUACACCCUGUUCCACACACUGGAAGCUACCACAUACAUCACAAGCCCUAACCACCUGGAGCUGUUGGCCAAUGCUAGUGAGAUUAUGAUUGACAGUGAGAACAUCCGGAAACACAAACUGACCACCCCUGAAAUCCUCGAAUGCUGUAAAGAUAUCAAAGUGUUGGGUAAGAAGGAGAUCAGGUCGCUGCUGACUUGGAGGAAGAAGAUGCGUGACUAUCUGAAGGACUUGGAGGAGAAACUGGAGAAGGUGAAAGCACAGAACGGUGUGGAUGCACAGCAGAGAGCUGAGGCCGAGGUUGAUGAAGAAGAGGAUGAAGAGGAGAGUGACUUUGAAGAAGAGGCCGGUGAAAUUGAUAAAAAGAUCGCCGAGAUGAAAGAGAGCGAGCUGAAGGAAUUGAAAAGGAAGAAGAAGAAGAUCCGUCGCAAGAAGAUGAAGCUUCAGCAGCAGAUGAAUCUGAAGAUGAUCCUUCCUGGUGAUCAGAUGGAUGUUGGCGAGGACAUGGAGAUGUUUGCUCUCAAUAAGAUCAAGAAUAAAAAGGCUUUAUCAGAAGUAGAGAAAGGUGACCUUAGUUUCAUGGACAACAAGUCGGACUCAGAGUCUGAUGAUGAAGGACUUGAGAAGCCUAGGAUGGCGUAUGAUAAGUUUGAGGAGCACGAUUAUGGCUUCUCAUCUGACGAUAACAAAGGGAGUGACGAGGAGGGCAGUGAUGUGGAAAUGGAGGACCUUGGGGGUGUGGAGGAUAAUGAGGACUUUGAAAGCUCUGAAGAAGAGGAAGCCGAGGCCGACUGUAACCCUCUCGUCGUCGAUCUCGAAGAUGCUCACGACAAGAUAGAACGAAAAACAUCCAUGUGGUUCCAGAAAGAUGCUUUCAAGGGAUUGGAAGAUGAUAUCGAUGAAGAUUUGGAGAUAGAGACUAUUGUAAAGGAAUAUAAACGAAAGGGUGGUGCUAUCACAGAAAAAGAAAACACAAAAGAAGCAAAACGAACCUCGAAAAAGAAAUCGUCAAAAGAUAAAAAAGUGACUUUAGCGGAUAGUGACGAUGAAAGUGAAUCAGAUGAUGAGGGUAUAGAGGAGAGCAAUGGGCAUGAGGGUAUAGAGGAGAGCGAUGGGGACGAGGACAUUGUUAACAGUGAAAGUACCAUGGCUACCAUGGAUAAGUUCAAUGAUGAUAGUGAUUCUAGUUCAGGCUCGGAUGAUAGUGAGUUUGAUAUGAACGACAUGGUGACGGAUGAUCGAGCAGUGAAGAGGAACGCCAAGCAAGAUGCCAAGGAUGGAUUUGAGAUCGUUCCAGCCAGCCAACCUGUUAAGCGAGUCAAGUUGGACCCAGAGAGUCUAGCGAUCGGAGCAGCAAUGGCAUCGUCACGGAAACGACGGCGGGAUAUCAUUGAUCAGAGUUUUCAUCGCUACACGUUCAACGAUGAUAACCUCCCCGAUUGGUUUACGAAGGAUGAGCAGAAGUUUUGUCGGAAGCAAAUGCCUGUCACAAAGGAAGAGGUAUCCGAAUAUAAGGAACGACUGAAAGUCAUCAAUGCUCGAGCACCGAAGAAGGUCGCUGAGGCCAAGGCUCGGAAGAAGAGGAAGAUGGAGCGACGUCUGGAGAAAGCCAGGAAGAAAGCCGAGGAUGUGACAGAGACAGUGGAUGUGUCUGACAAGGAGAAGUGGCAGCAGAUUAAACAGAUCUACAAGAGAGCAGGUCUCCUGAAGAAGAAAAAGGAAUCAGUCACAUACGUUGUUGCCAAGCGUGCAUCGGGGAAGAAAGUAUCGCGACCUGCAGGGGUGAAAGGAAAGUUCAAGGUGGUUGACCCCAGGUUGAAGAAGGAUAUGAGGAAUCAAAGAAUGGGUGAAAAGAAGGGAGGCAAGGGAAAGAAGAGAGGAAAGAGAUGAGGUUAAUCAUAUUCUGAAGGCUUUAUGAAAUUACCAUGGACUGUAAAGAAUGAGACGGACUUGGGUUAACCAAGAUGGACUUGGGUUAACCAAGGUACAUAUUGUUGAGGUAUGAUGGUAUCUAGAGGAGUCUGUGUCCGUGAAAGUUCGACGAGUCGUGCAUUCUGACUGUCGUAAUUGCUGGAGAAAUCUUGGGGGAGGGGUUCAUCCUGGGUUUUACUACAACUUAUAGUUGUAAGAAUGAAAAAUUGUGAUGAAUUCAACUGAAGUCUGUGAAAACUUUGUUUAAUGCAGUUAUUGAAUAAAUGUCC